GCCAAUCACGACUUUCCCAAUGCUUUCCUGUGGCGAGAAUUCAGCGGCGUAGCGUUUGUGCUCCGUGGGUCGGUUGGUUCUGAGGAAGCCAUCGCUGCGAUUUUCGUCUUGACGCUCGGCUGACUCGAGUCAAUCGACAUGGGCAAGGGAGACAAGCCUCGCGGCCGGAUGUCGGCGUACGCCUUCUUCGUGCAGACUUGCCGGGAGGAGCACAAGAAGAAGCACCCCAAUGAGAACGUGGUCUUCGCCGAGUUCUCCAAGAAGUGCGCCGAGCGCUGGAAGACCAUGAGCGAUGGCGAGAAGAAGCGGUUCCACCAGAUGGCCGACAAGGACAAGAAGCGCUUCGACACCGAGAUGGCCGACUACAAGCCUCCCAAGGGGGACAAGUCCAAGAAGCGCAAGCGCGCAAAGGACCCCAACGCACCCAAGCGUCCCCUGUCUGCUUUCUUCUGGUUCUGCAACGACGAGAGACCCAACGUGCGCCAGGAGAACCCAGAUUCCUCGGUUGGAGAGGUUGCAAAGGAGCUUGGCCGGCGAUGGAAUGAGGUUGGCGAUGACGUCAAGGCAAAGUACGAGGGCCUUGCCGCCAAGGACAAGGCACGCUACGAGAAGGAACUGAAGGCCUACAAGGGAAAGAAGCCCAAGGGUGCAUCUCCACCAAAAGAGAAGGCCAAGAAGAAGGAAGAGGAAGACGACGAGGAUGAUGAGGACGAAGAAGAUGAGGCUGAGGAUGCUGAAGAGGAUGACGACGAUGACGAAGAUUGAGAAGCGCGUCACUUCUUACGCAUACACUUCAUUUUCUUUCCCCCCCAUUCACCCCUUUGUUUUACUUCUUUGUUCACUUUUGGCCUUGUGGCUAUGCCACUUGUGUUCAUAGCUGCUGUUUGCCGUUUAUUGUUUACCUUUUUUUGUUCGCUGUUCAGUUUUUUUUUCGUAGGGUCCCGUGUUCUUGCAUCACGCUAAAAACAUGUUGAGUUUCUGAUGGGGCCCCAAAACGGGUGUUACACAUAACAUUUCUUCCCUGUUUGCAGGCAAAAGUGGCUGAUUUUUAUUUUAUUUUUUCCUACUCCCUCCUUUAUUCUCCCGUCUUUUGUACAUGUGUGCCUGUGGAGUUAAAAAAAAUACUGUUAACUUAAUGCUGUAAAGAUGUAACUAAAUCUCUUCAUCAUUGGUGUGCACCAGGCACGUAGCCAGAAAUUUUUUCGGGUAAGGGGGGUGGAGAGAUCACCCCUUACAAUUGCCAGCUCUCUAUGCCAUGGCGGGAAAAAAAUUUGGGUGGGGGGCACUUGCCCAAUGUGCCACCCCUUGGCUACAUCCCUGGUGUGCGCAGUGUGAGUAAACCACAUCGCUGCCCAUUUUGAAGAUCACUUAGCCACGCCCACCGCAAGUGGGGUUGUCAAUGUAUUUUCUGCACUGAUAUGUAAGCCUGUAUAUAUCUAUUUCUUUUCUCUCCCGAGGCCCCGCUUGGCCCACAUGGGUUUUAAGUUUCCGGUGCCACAUGUACUGUCUCGGGCUUUCAGUUGUGUUAUCAUCAUACCUCAUUGCUAAUUAUUCACCUCUUUUGCUCAUUCGCCAUUGCUAUUCGACAAGACUCAUUUUAGUGGCAUAACUAUUUUUUUGUAUCUAUGGCUUUCAAUAAAGACGUUUAGUAUGUCACAGUUCUGGCUGA